AUGCCUUGGUUUCGGUCGAUGCCGGUCGUGCACACGCGAAGGUUCAACUACCAGAACAUGGCAUCCCGCAAGGAUUUCACUCGCGACAACGCUAAAGAGCACCUUUUCACUUCAGUCGAUCAUGAUUCAACCAGUGGAGCCACAUAUAAAGCCUUCAAUCAGCUAAUUGUUCUAGGUUCCGCAACGGAUAAUGAAUCGUUCAAAAUUCUGCUCAGCUCACUUUGGUUUACUCAAUACGCAAGAUACGGUGCACUUGGUAGCUCAGGAUUUGAAUCAGUUUUCUCUGGAGAAGUUAAAGGCAAAGACGUGAUUCGCUUCAAUAACUGGUUCCGUUUCUAUGAGCUAGAAGCUUCCAACCAGCUAAACUACCAUGGAUGGUUUACAAAACAACCCGGUGUUCAAGUGUCAUUGCAAUUCGAGUGGAAUAACUGGAGGGCUAUGCAAACUUCCAUGUUGCUCAACACCUCACCUGAGUUUGAAAUGGCUGUCUACACGAUUUGUGCACUUAAUGGAGGACAGUGCUCUAUGACUAUCAAUAACCAACCGGUAACGAUUUUCGCCAACACUCUCAAGCAGAAUGAUGUCCUGGUGACUCUCGUCGAUAAUAUGCGGGCAGCCGAUGUCGACAGAGCUGGACCGAAUGACUUAAAACUGAACUGGGGCAAUAAACAAGUCGGAGACAAAAAGAGCAGUCGUGACCCGUGCGUUGCGUUUUGA